UCUCCCCGCACCCACCCUCCUUCCGGUUGCUCGAUCGUCUCGCUCUCCUCUCCUCUUCUCUUCGUCUCUCCUCCUGACCCUUUUUCCGCUUUCCCUUUUCCCCCCUCCUCGAUCCGCGGCGCAACCGAACACGAAAGCGAGAGAGAGAGGAGUGCAGCCGCUGCCCUGUCCCCUCACCGCGCCGCGCCGACAUGGAGCUGUUCUACGAGCUGCUCCUCACGGCGGCUGCCUCCCUCCUCGUCGCCUUCCUGCUGGCCAGGCUGCUGGCCUCCGCCGCCACCGCCAGUGAUCCCCGCCGCCGCGCGCCCGAUCACGCCGCCGUGAUCGCGGAGGAGGAGGCGGUGGUGGUGGAGGAGGAGAGGAUCAUCGAGGUCGAUGAGGUCGAGGUGAAGAGCGCGCGCGCGAGGGAGUGCGUGGUUUCGGAGGGGUGGGUCGAGGUGGGGAGGGCCUCGUCGGCGGAGGGGAAGCUCGAGUGCUUGCCGGAGGAAGAGGAGGCUCCCGCGAAGGCCGCUCGGGAGCUUGUUCUCGAUGCCGUUUUGGAGGAACGCGAGGAGGAAGGACAAGUUGGCGAAGAGCGGUGCGAUUUGGCCGCUGCGGUGGCGGAGGUCGUGGGAGUGAAGCCGCAUGAGUUGGGGGUUGAAGCUGCUCCCGGGGAGGUAUCUGACGUGACGCUGGAGGAAGGGAAGGUGCAGGAUGUUGGGGUGGAGCAGCAUGAUUUGGUCGCCGAGGCUGCUCCAAGGGAAGCUCUUGACACAGGGUUGGAGAAACAGGGUGUUCCCAUCAUUGAAGCGGUUGAAAUCAAGCGGCAGGAUGAUCUGGGUGCUGAGGUAGCUCCGAGUGACGUUCCUGAGGUGGAAUUUGAGCAACAGGGAGUUCGCAUUAUUGAAGCUAUUGAUGUGAAUCAACAUCAUCGGGUUGCUCUGGCUGCUCCUGCGGAAGUUGUUGAUGCGGGAUUGGAGGAGAGGGUCCAAGCUAUUGAAGCAGGGUCAUCUGGAUUGACUUCCGAGACAGUUCCUGAAGAGGUUCUUGACGAGUUAUCUGAGAAGCAAGAAGAGCAAGUUAUUGAAGAGAAGGAACAUCAAUUGGCUGCAGCGACUGCUCCAGUAGCAAUUCCUGGUGUGGCAUUGGCAGAGACGGAGGAACUUAAAGAAGAACAAUCCUCUGAAAAAGCUGUCAAUGUUCAUGAAGAAGUUCAGAGUAAGGACGAAGCUAAAUGCAAGCUCCAUCUGGUUGAUCAACAAGAAGGUUCGGCUUCUAAGGUGGAGCUGGUGGGGAGGAAUACCGACAAUGUGGAAAUUAGCCAUGGAAGCAGUUCUGGUGACAAAAUGAUUGCUGAGUUGACCGAGGAGGAAUUGACAUUGCAAGGUGUGCCCGCAGAUGAGACUCAGACAGACAUGGAAUUUGGGGAGUGGGAAGGGAUUGAAAGAACUGAGAUAGAAAAGAGGUUUGGUGUGGCAGCAGCGUUUGCAUCUAGUGACGCCGGGAUGGCUGCCCUGUCAAAGCUUGAUAGUGAUGUGCAGCUGCAGCUGCAGGGACUCCUUAAGGUUGCCAUUGAUGGUCCAUGCUAUGACUCUACACAGCCACUUACCUUGAGGCCUUCAUCUCGUGCAAAAUGGGCUGCUUGGCAAAAGCUAGGGAACAUGUAUCCGGAGACAGCUAUGGAAAGAUACAUGAAUCUUUUGUCAGAGGCUAUUCCAGGAUGGAUGGGUGACAAUAUCUCGGGCACAAAGGAACAUGAAGCUGGUGAUGAUGCUGUAGGGUCUGUCUUAACAAUGACUUCAAAUACAAUCAACCAACAUGACAGUCAAGGGAAUGAAGACAAUACUGGCAUGUAUGAAGGUCACUUGACAAGUUCCCCUAACCCAGAGAAAGGACAGAGUUCUGACAUCCCUGCUGAAUGAACAUAACACUCAUGGAAGAUUUCUUGCAUCAGUGAUUUCAGCCCAUUGCUGAGACCGCUACCGAUGCCUUCCUCAUAAGAUUAGAUUUGUACAGUGCUCCUGUGGUGCUAAUAUUAGUGUUGUCAUGGUGUUGGUUUGUGUAUAUAUAUGACUGUAUAUAUCAGUAACUGCCGGUCCUACUGCGUGUAUUCCGCCAGCAGCAGACUUAUCAUCUGGUAUUCUGGUGUAGUCUGUAGAACAAUACAUCUGGUGAGUCGUAAUUAUAUGUCGAUACGAUGCAGUUUGGAAGGAGAAAUUGAAGUGGUUGGAAAACCAGUUGAAAGGACUGAAAAAUAAUCUCAUCAGAAGGAACAUAAAUUCUUUAUCC